AUGCUUGGUGCAGUCACAAACGUUUGUUCAGACAAGACUGGUACACUCACCCAAUCUAAGAUGGUUCUUACGCGUUUCUGGAUGCCGAAAAAAGGGUUUUAUUCCAUCAGCGGUCUUGGAUUUGACAUUAAAGGCGAGGUAAAAUCAGAGAGUGACGAAAGUACAAUCCCAUCGAACGAUAUACCGCCUUAUCUCAAACAGCUGGCCUACAAUGCUGCACUUUGUAACAUGAGCGAAAUACGCAAGGACAAGGAAGGCGACGGUUAUCACGGUAUUGGCGACCCCACAGAAGUUGCUCUCCAAGUAUUUGCUUACAAGCUGGACAUGGGAAAGCCCAAGUUACUAAGCACCAAAGGUGGACCAGGAUGGACUUUAAUUUCCGAGUAUCCCUUUGAUUCUUCCAUUAAGCGUAUGAGUGUUCUGUGCAAAAAUUCCGAAGGAGAACACAUUGGGUUCCUCAAGGGUGCUACCGAACGUGUAUUGGAACGCUGUGUAGGAAUCAAAACUGGUGACAGCGUCGAAUAUAUCAGUCAAGAGCAGCUUAACAGCAUGGUCUUACCUCAAGUUGAUGAGCUCGCUCGUGGUGGUCUUCGUGUGCUAUCUCUGGCUAGCCGUUCUGUCAAGGUCAACGGUAAAGUGACGGCCGAAACUUUUGCCCGAGAAGAUAUUGAACAAGACAUGUUCUUUCUCGGUCUUGUCGGCAUUUAUGAUCCCCCGCGCGUCGAAUCCAAGGAUGCAGUUAUUGAAUGUCAUCAAGCCGGUAUUACUGUUCACAUGCUGACUGGAGACCAUAUUGCAACUGCCACUGCCAUUGCCCGUGAAGUCGCUAUCUUGCCUAGUGAUUAUGGACUUAAUCUGCCGCCUGGAAAGUCAGAUCCUAGAGCGCUUGUCAUGUCGGCCCAAAAUUUUGAUCGAUUGACUGAUGCCCAAGUCGAUGCUCUCGAGAACCUUCCCUUAGUUGUUGCCCGCUGUAGUCCAGAUACAAAGGUUAAGAUGAUAGAAGCAUUGCAUCGACGCAAGAAGAUUGCAGGUAUGACUGGUGACGGAGUCAAUGAUAGUCCAAGUCUCAAAGAAGCCGACAUCGGUAUUGCAAUGGGUCAGGCCGGUUCCGAUGUAGCUAAACAAGCCGCUGAUAUUGUGUUGGUUGA